UAAAUAUGUGAGGCGGCGAUAAGGACUGACCGGAGGAGGAGCUCCAGCUGGUGUCACCGAUGAUUCACGGAGGCUGAGUUAACGGGAGAUGAGCGGCGGAGGCCGAACAGAGAGCACCAUGAUGGGACGGAACACGGUCCGACUGUGGCUGACAUGGGUUUGCGUGGUGCAGACGUCUGGGAUGUUGUCUCAUGUGGAGCGAUACGAGGUGGUCAGGCCUCAGAGACUGCAGGGGAGGCAGAGGAGGAGCCUGCAGGAGAGCCAGCUCUAUCCUGACACGGUUCAGUACCAGUUGGCCAUUGAAGGGACAAACCACACCAUUCAUCUGGAAAAAAACGGGAAUCUCAUUGGGAGAGGCUUCACUGAGACACGUUAUUCAGAGGAUGGCAAACGGGUGAUGACAUCACCGGACGAGGACCACUGCUACUAUCACGGUCAUGUCGAGGGCAUGAAGGACUCUUCAGUCAGCGUUGGGAUUUGUUCAGGCAUUAGCGGCUUUGUGAGAGCCCGGCAGCAGGUUUACCUGAUAGAGCCUCUGGGACAGUCUGACGAUGGUGAUCAUGCAGUUUACAGACGGGAGCACCUGAAGAUCAGCGGCAGCCCCGGCUGUGGCUCCUCCUCCAACACCACCACGCCGUACGACCAGGAGCAGGCCCAGCGCCCUCCGCUCUCUGGCCUCUUCAGGUCCAGGUCAUGGAAAACUAAACCCAUCGCAGGUCCGCAGAGGUUUGUCGAGCUGGUUGUGGUGGUGGACAAUGCUGAGUAUAAACGAUAUGGCAGCGAGACUAAAUCCCGUGUUCUCGGAGUUAUAAAUCACGUUGACAAGCUGUAUCGACCUCUAAACAUUCGCAUCAUCCUGGUGGGCUUGGAGAUUUGGACGUACAAAGACUACAUUGACGUUGACAUUAAAUCAGAGACGACUCUGGACCACUUCCUGCUGUGGAGACAAGCUGAUCUUUUGAAGAGGACGAAGCACGACAAUGCCCAAUUUGUGACUGGCACAGAUUUUGAAGGAGACACAGUCGGACUGGCAAAUAAGUUUGCCAUGUGCACUGGAAACUCAGGUGGAGUCAACCAGGAUCACCAUGACAACCCAUUAGGCCUCGCCUCCACCAUCGCUCAUGAGAUGGGACACAAUUUCGGCCUGUCGCAUGAUGGUUUCAGUUGUACGUGUGGUCCGUCUUACAGUGGGAACUGUGUGAUGGCAGAAAAGCUCAGGACAGGAAAUGAAGCCUUCCCGGAGUUUUUCAGCACCUGCAGUGUGGAGCAGCUCGCUGAAUUCAUGGAACGAGCUCGGCCCAGCUGCUUGUCAAAACCCAGCUCCAUUAGGACCAUCGCUCCGGGGCCUGGCUGUGGCAACGCCCUGCUGGACCCUGGAGAGGAGUGCGACUGUGGCACUGUGGAGGAAUGCACGAAUCCUUGUUGUGAUGCCUCAACUUGUCGCCUGACUGAAGGAUCCCAGUGUGCUCAUGGACAGUGCUGUGACAACUGCCAGCUCCAACUGGCUGGAAGUGUGUGCAGAAAGUCAGCAGGUGACUGUGACCUGCCUGAAUACUGCACCGGAGCAUCAGAGGAUUGUCCCGAAGACAGCUUUGAGAUGAACGGCAAGCCCUGCUACGACCGGGUGCAGGGCUACUGCCACAACGGACAAUGCCCGUCUCAUGAGCAGCACUGCUGGAGGCUGUUUGGACAAGGGGCCAUAGUUGGACCAGAUCUGUGUUUUAACCUGAACAAACGGGGCGAAGAAGGUGCCAACUGCGGGAGGACCAAAUUUGGCUACACCCCCUGCUCUGCACAGAACCUUAUGUGUGGAUCUAUAUUUUGUGGAGGCGGCGGCGAGUCCAUCACAGGUAAAGGGGCAUCCUACACCGUGUACAAGAUUGAGUGUAAACUAGCUGUGGAGGACGACAAGACCAGAAACAUGGACAUGGUGCCAAACGGAACCAAAUGUGGACCAAAUAAGGUUUGCCUCGGCCACAGAUGUGUGGACAUGUCUGUUUAUGGGAAGAAGGAGGAUUGUGAGAAGAAAUGCAACAACAAUGGGGUGUGUAAUCACAAGAACGAGUGCCACUGUAAUCCUGGCUGGGCUCCACCGUACUGCGACAUCCAGUAUACAGACUUACCUCAAGGUCAGAUUGGGAUAAUAGCCGGUGUGUGUGCAACUAUCUCCAUCCUGGUGGUGAUCACUGCGGUGACUGCAGGGCUGAUGUGCUGCAGAAAGGACAACAUGGACAACUACAUCUCCAAAAGGAAAGUGCAUUCAGCCCCCGACAAGCUGAACCCGAUGUUCCAGGAGUCAAGUGUUAAAGACAGACCUCAGAUCAGUCAGCCCACUUUCAUGGAGUCAACAGCAACACAAGCCUGCACUCCUCUGAUGGUUCGUGUGAGUCCCUGCAGAGCUGCUCCACAGCCACCAAAGAAACUCUCCUCAGAGUGUGUGACCUCACAAACUGAGCCGACAAAACCUCUACCUCCAUCUAAACCUUUACCUUCGCUGAGUAACACACAGUAUACGGCAGUCAAACCAAAUCCUCCUCCUGUACCUCCAGUCAAGCCCAGUCCUCCCACUGUACCUCCAGUCAAGCCCAGUCCUCCUCCUAUACCCCGAGUCAAACCCAGUCCUCCUCCUGUACCUCCAGUCAAGCCCAGUCCUCCUCCUAUACCCCGAGUCAAACCCAGUCCUCCUGUACCCCAGUGAAGCCACACAUUGUGCGACUCACAUGAAAUCAGGUUGAACCAAAGCUGCAGACGUCCAGCGUGGAGUUACAGAGAGUGAGAUCCUCUCUGGGAUCAUGUGUGUGAGUCACAGAGGUGGAAGACUUUGGAAAACUUUACUCUUUGUCUUAAAGAUGGCCUCAGUGAGCGCAGCUUCACCGGCUGAGAAUGUCUUUGAUGACCGACAGCAUCACAGCUGCUGUGGAAAACUGAUUUUGGGGCAAACUGCUGCUGCAGUUGUUGUGUGUUCGUUUAAUUUGUCUCAUUACAGCGUGACCAGAGUGGUGCUCACAUGAAAAUGUACUUAAUAUUUAUUUUAUGUCUUUUGAAGGGACUGUAUGAAAAUUAUUAUAGUGUGAUGUAUUAUUCCUUGAAGGGGGGGUAGGUUUUGGAGGACAUGAGGGCUGCACCACAGAGCCAGAUUUCAACGCCAGAGUUUUCCAUGUUACAAAGGUGACUCUCUUAAAACCGGGCUAGAUCGUCAUGGUAAUAUACGCUGCAUGCCUAACCUGGUCGGGACCAGUUUAUGUUCAGAGUUUGGGCUUCAUUGGACAAACAAGCAUCUUUCACUAAUCAGCUCCUUUGGACAUGACGUCACUCAACAGUCACCAGCCAGUCUUUGAGUGAUUGAGAUUCUCAGCUGAGGGAAAACGUUAUAAAUACAAACCUGUUGAGUCGUAACGUUACGUUAAAGCCGUGCAAACAGGCGACUGUUCAGCAAACUGUUUGCAUCCAGUUGCCACGGGAACAAACGUGCAUGCAGGUUGUGAUGCAGAACAUCUGAACAAGAAUGUUGUUUUAUUUUAUUUGUUGCUCUCAUUGAAUACUGAGUGUGUCUGUCAUGUGUUCUGGUCCGCUCGCCAACUCAGGAAGCACAAGGAGCCUUCUAUAAAGUCACAGGCAGAGUUACACAGUGAUCGUUCACUAUGUUAUCGAUCAGGAUGAGUUUUACGUGUGUUUAAUUCCUUCAAACCAUUCGAUAACACGACCAUGUUGGGUUAUGUUUUUAUGCUCGGUCCUGAUUUGCUGAAGUCGGUUUCACACUGCUGGUACAUCACAGCUAACAGAACCUGAACUAGAACAUUGAUUAUAUUAGUCUGAUGGUAUUGAUCACAGAUGAUAUUCAAUCAGUAUAAUUCAGUUCCCUUUCAUUUGGCCAAAAGCUAAAGUGAUUUCCACGUCUCCUUCAGUGUGAGACAGCGUCAGUCCCUUAAUGCAGUUCUUGAGUUAAACGUUUAAAUCUGCUGCGUAAAGUUUAAUGUUUAAGAGCUGUUGAACGUGCAGCUGUCACCUUAGAAAUAAACAGAGCGGUGACAUGAACGCAUUAACGUAGAAUUUUACAUAAUUCGUCAUUUCCUGCCAGCGUUCGUCUCUUGCCUUACUUGCAGCGACAGAGUCGCUUCUCGCUGUUUUGUCAUAUUCUUCAUAGGCAAACGUAGAUGGUUCACAAUAGGUUCAUGUUGCGUUAUAGUGUGGUCAGAAUACCGUAAAACUUCAAGUAAUAGCCUCGUCCCAAUUAAAUGCACAGUCCCUUUUUCUAGCCCAGUGUAGCCACACAUUCUCACAAAUAAAGGCCUGUCUCCAUUAGAGGCCCGUCUCCACUAGAGGCCCGUCUCCAUUAGAGGCCCGUCCAUCUUCACUGGAGGCCCGUCUCCAUUAGAGGCCCAUCCAUCUCCACUAGAGGCCCGUCCCCAUUAGAGGCCCGUCUCCAUUAGAGGCCCGUCCAUCUCCACUAGAGGCCCGUCUCCAUUAGAGGCCCAUCCAUCUCCACUAGAGGCCCGUCCCCAUUAGAGGCCUGUCUCCACUAGAGGCCCGUCCAUCUCCACUAGAGGCCCGUCUCCAUUAGAGGCCGUCCAUCUCCACUGGAGGCCUGUCUCCAUUAGAGGCCCGUCCAUCUCCACUAGAGGCCCGUCUCCAUUAGAGGCCCGUCCAUCUCCAUUAGAGGCCCGUCCAUCUCCACUGGAGGCCUGUCUCCAUUAGAGGCCCGUCCAUCUCCACUAGAGGCCCG